AUGAAGGAAACUGUUGCCGUUGAUGUCCACCGAGUGGUUACCAAACUUCGAACUCUUGCCAUGGAUCGAGAUAAUCAACCAGUCAUUGUUCGUCGUGGAGUAACAACCUCUUUGGUUUCAUUCCUCUCUCAACCACAUUACCACGUGAACGUUAAAGUCAUUGCCUGUGAAACACUCAAAAUGUUAUCCUCUCAUCCCGAUAAUCCAGAAUUGAUGGCAAAAGAGCCUUCUCUCAUUGAAUCUCUCCUCUCCAUGUAUAAAUCAGAGGUGGACAAGAGUAAUGUGUUGUGUGUCUUGAUUCAGGACAUUAUCAAUAAUUUGUAUUGCAAUCUCUCUCGGGACCAAUUGGAAAUGUUGCCCAGUGAUUUACUCUCUUCUCAAGCUCCAGUGAAUGGUUCGAUUUGUUCCUCCGUUGCUGCAUCCUCUCAAGAUGCCAAGAAGAAGAAGAAGAGAAAGAAGAGAAAUGUUGUGUUGCAAAUUGAUCAAUUGGUGAAUGAAAAGCAACGACAACGAUUGGAAGAAUUGAUUUUACAAUUGAAAGGAACCAUUUCUUAUACUUUCAAUGUUCCAAAGAAGCAAGUCACCAUUUAUACCAGAACUUCUACUGAGAAGAUUUUGGAAGAACUUUCCAAGAAUUCAUACGUGACCAGUGUCAUCUCAGACUCGGUUUGUGAGACUGAGUACAAUAACUUUUCAUAUGAUAAGGAGAAUUACACUCCUCAAUACUUGUCAUCAGAAAAGUCAUCGUCGCAUGGCAACUCUACCUCCACUCAAAAGAGUAGCUACAUGCAAAGCUUGGUUGCUUGUGAAGAUAAUAGUUUACAAGCAAGGAGGAAGAAGAAGACAUCUUCCUCUCAACAACAACCAAAAGAAGAACAAGGCAGUGGUGUGACUGGUUUCAUUAGUAAGAUUACCAGUGUGUUUUGGUAA